UCCUAUGCUUCCAUAACCUCUCUAGGCGAUCGACUUAAAUUGAACGAAGACUGAAAACAAGAGAGUUUGUCCGUGAGGUUUGGUCAAAUUCCACCCCUUGCGGGUCUCGUCUUUUUUUUUCUCUCUCGCUCACGUGUUAUACUUUCUAAAAGAUUGUUCACGCAACCAUCUUAUUCGUUGAAUUGCAACAUUGCAAGAGACUUUUUGUUUUCUAAUUAUUGUUCUUGUAUCACACAAGACUGUAGUGCCUAAUAGUCGUACCGUUCUCUGUUAUCUCAUCCGAAGACUGGAAUCAAAUUAACAAAACUGAACUGAUUAAGACAAGAAGAAAUCGAUUGCCUAUGAAGCAUCAUGAUGCCUCAGUCGUGGGAAUCGGCGGACAAGAGCUUAAAAAAGAACGUGUUAAAGCCUGGAAUAUUUAUCAAGAAACUAACGGAAGGCUCCACGUGCACCGUUAUCGUGGAAAAUAUAAACGUGUUUGGGACAUCUGAAGCGGAUUUAAUAGAAAAAUAUCACACCGUUAUCCUUGAUGGCGAGCGCAAAAAGAUGCUGGUGAUAGGGGAAGCUGGUUCAGAGAUAGAUGAAAAAAUUGAGAGAGUACUUUGCAUGAUGAAUGUUAACGAGAAGAGUCUUAUUACCAUUGUCGUGUCUCCAAAGCAAUUGGACAAACCUGUAGUUAGUAAUAAUUCUGUAACAGUCAAGUUCGAAAUCACAUUGAAUCACUGUAAUCGUCACAAACCAGUUUGGCAAUGGCACACAAAGGAAAAAUAUGAGGUGGCUUUGAGAUAUAAAGAGAUAGGCACCGAAUUGUUUAAGGACUCUCGAUUCGUGGACGCGUUUCACAAGUUCAGCAAAGCUUGUAAGCUUCUAAUAACGCUAGAGCCGAUUGCAGACUUGAAACUAGACAAACAACUCGAGUGUAAUAUUAAUGACUUGAGGCUUACAUUGUACAACAACAUGGCGAUAUGUCAACUGAAACGUAAGAACUAUCAAUACGUCAUUACAUUGUGCACCAAGGUGUUGAAUAAGGAUAGUAAUAACGUUAAGGCCUUGUACAGAAGAGGAGUAGCAUAUGGUAGCAUGGGGGACAAUGAAAGGGCUAUUGUAGAUUUGAAGGUGGUACUCGCUUUAGAAUCCAGUAAUCACUCAGCCAAAGAACAACUCGAUGUUUAUAACACUAGAUUGCAAAAAUCAAUUCAGAGAAGUAAAAAUAUGAUGAGAAGAAUGUUUAAGACUUACUAAUAAUUUUUAAGUAUUUCUUAACUAUACAUAUGCUUUUCUAUAAUUUAAUAUCCAUGUUACAUAAAAAAACAAAGUAUAUUUUAUAAAUAAAAAAGUAUAAAAUGUUUUUAUUUCUAUCUGUUGUAACUUAUUAUCUUAAAGCUAUUAUCACUAUCAUGUGUAAAUUACCACAUUAGUGUUGUACCUCUUAAAUCAAUAGUUUUAAUUAAAAAGUUGUACUAUGUGAGGUUACAGAUGUACAAUAUAUAUAUUAUUUAUUUCUCAUAAUUUUUUUAUUACAAUUUUUAUUAGUAUAAAAUGGAUAACUGAAAGAAUUAUAUGUGCAGUAAAUAUACAUAAUGCAUCCUACACAAGUUUUUUUUAUUAUACAAAACUUUAAUAGAGGUAACUUUCUUAAUAGCCACGUCUACAAAUUAUUCAAUAGUGUCAUGUCUGUAUAUUUUUAAUUAUAUCACAACUGUAAAUUAUGUAAGAUAUUACAAGUUUUUUCAUACAAAUAUUAUUAUCUGUAAAUGACUUGGACAAUUUGUUAGUUUAAUCGUUAUAUGUUUGUCAGUUUCCUAAUUAUUUUAUAAAGUUGCAUAACAAUAUAACUGUUCUAAUAUGAGAAAAAAAUAUUUAAUAAUAAUUGAUGUUACAUAUUAUCUCAAGUUUGAAGUACAAUAUUGUGAUAAAGAACAAAUAGUCUAAAUAUAAAGUACAAUUGUUGAAUUUGAUCACAAACUUGGGUUAAUAUGUAGUCUUGUGCUAAACUUAUUCAUAUAUAAGCCUAUGAAAUUUAAAAGAAAACUUGAGGAAUUCUAUAAAAUUAGUAAAUAAAAUUUAGCACACAGAAUCUUGGUAACCAAAAAUUAAAUUUUAAUGGCACCUCCAUAAUCAUUCUGCUGUUAUCCUACAUACAUGUAUACCCCAUUUUGUAUAAAAUAUUGUACAAUAAGAUGACGAUUAUACGGCUAUAUUAAUAAUACAAAAUUCUUUACUGACUCAACUAUUGUAUUGUAACUCAAUUAAUAAAACAAAUAUAUUAAUAAAGAAUAUUUUUUAAAAAA